AACUAGAGAGAGGGAAAGAAAAAAGAAAAAAAAAAAAAAAAGAGCAGAGUGUGGGGGCGAAAGUAGGGCGGGACAAAGAGCGCCGUGCGUAGAAACCAAGAGUCCCUGCCGGUGCGGGGGGGGGGUUGGGGAGGCGGAGACCAGGGUCCCGGGGCAUCCCGCCAGCUCCGCAGUAUCCCAGGCGCACCUGCUGGGUAGAGGUGAGGAGGCGUCUUGGUGCCCAAGGGAAGUCCAGUCCCGAGGGGCUGACUCCGAGCUCGGAACUCCGGAGAAGCCUCCACCUCCCCCCGACCGGCAGUCCCAGCCCUGCAAGAGAAGGGGCGUGACCCUGGCGCUCAGGUUUCUUCCUCUUCACCUGGGCCUGGAGGGGUGGGGGCCAGGACUUCCGGCUCAGGUGAGUGUCCCUUCGGUGACGUCAGGUCACUCUCGGCCGCCCCUGCGGUCCGGCCCGCCCCGCGCUCCCGGUGCCUGCGGGGGCGCGCCCCUGACGCCCUACAAAUACUCAGGUGCGCCGCACCUGUCCGCCCGCACCUGCCCGCUCUCGGCUGAGCGACUUCUCCCUCUCACGGCAGCCUCAGGCCGACAGCGCAGGGUACUUUGGGGACCGCCGGCCCCCGGGAUCGCGCGCAUACUGCCCCUCCGCCUUUUGUUUGGGUAGGGUCUACGCGAGCGCCAGGGGGGACCGCCUGGCCCUCGCCGAUCGCUUUUUCGACCACCAGUCCUCGGGCGGAACCUGUUCCUUGAGCUUGAAGACCCUCGCCCGCCGGAAGAAGGAUCGGUUUGUGUUUUCUUCGGGUGACAAAAAGAUUUGGAAUCACCGGACCCAAACCCUUCUCUUUGGGUGACUCGAGACUCCACUGCAAGUGGUCUUUUUGUGGGGCCGACCCCCCAGGCUUUGUCUGUUCUACCGCAGGGUCGCCCGCCCCGUCUUUCUGAGGGCAGAGAUGGCCAAUUCGGGCCUGCAGCUGCUGGGCUUCGCCAUGGCCCUGCUGGGCUGGGUGGCCCUGGUGGCGUGCACCGCCAUCCCGCAGUGGCAGAUGAGUUCGUACGCGGGCGACAAUAUCAUCACGGCCCAGGCCAUGUACAAGGGGCUGUGGAUGGAGUGCAUCACGCAGAGCACCGGCCUCAUGAGCUGCAAAUCGUACGACUCGGUGCUCGCCCUGUCCGCGGCCCUGCAGGCCACCCGAGCCCUGAUGGUGGUAUCCCUGGUGCUGGGCUUCCUGGCCAUGUUCGUGGCCACCAUGGGCAUGAAGUGCACCAACUGCGGGGGAGACGACAAAGUGAAGAAAGCCCGGAUAGCCACGACCGGAGGGAUCAUUUUCAUCGUGGCAGGUCUUGCUGCCCUGGUAGCGUGUUCCUGGUAUGGCCACCAGAUUGUCACCGACUUUUAUAACCCACUGGUUCCCAUGAAUCUUAAGUACGAGUUUGGUCCUGCCAUCUUCAUUGGCUGGGCAGGGUCUGCUCUGGUCAUCCUGGGAGGUGCCCUCCUCUCCUGCUCCUGUCCUGGGAGUGAGGACAAAACUGGGUACCGUGCACCCCGCUCCUACCCUAAGCCUAACUCUGCCAAGGAGUACGUGUGAGCUGGGACCACCCCUGCCCCAGCUGGUCAGCCUCUGGUAUGCCCAGGUACCAGAAAUAACCUGGGGCAGAUCUCAGCUCAUGGGCAGGGUGCAGAGCUGAAGCCUCAUCACCCCAGCCCAGCACACUGUGUACAUACAGUUCCCCUCAGGGUGAGGGUAAGGGGAGGGGGGAGGGAGACAAAGGGGGGGUGUUGGGUGUGCUUUUUGUACAGUAAUAAAAAAGUAUGUUUUGGAA